AUGGCUUGCUACUAUUGUCGUUGUUGUUGGUGUUGGUGUUUUGGACAAAAGUGGUGGAUGGCUGAACAACAUCACCUUCAUAUUGUCUAUCUCUCUCUCUCAAAUUCAUUAUUAGCAUUGUUAUUGAUUGUAUGCUAUGCUGCGCGGUUGACCGACCAGACAGACAAAGAGAGAGAGAGACCGACCGACCGACCGACCGACCGACGAUUCUCCUCUCCCCCUUUUAAGUGUGUAUGCACAGCUAGGUUGGCACCCGCCCGAAAUAUAAUUGUUACUGUCUGUUACACUACUGUUACUACUGCUGCUGCUACCUCUGCUGCUACUGCUAUAUAUGUGAAACUUGUUUCCAAAAAAUCUGGAUCACGUCAAAAUCCAUAA